AUGCCAUACCUGAAUCGCUCCAGCCCUCUGUCCUUCAUCCUGGCAGGCAUCCCAGGUCUGGAGGUGGCUCACUUCUGGAUUGCCUUCCCAUUCUGCACCAUGUACUUCAUGGCAGUGCUGGGGAACAUCACAGUCCUCCUGGUGAUUAGGAUGGACCCCAACCUGCACCUGCCUAUGUUUUACUUCCUCUCCAUGCUGGCUGCCAUUGACCUGGUGCUCACCACUUCCAUGAUGCCCAAGCUCCUGAGCAUCUUCUGGUUUCAAUCCCAUGAGAUUGUCUUUGAGGGCUGUGUGGUCCAGAUGUUCUUCAUCCAUGGCUUCUCUGCAGUGGAGUCAGGGAUACUGCUUGCCAUGGCUUUUGACCGUUACUUGGCCAUCUGCAAGCCCUUGCACUACUCUGCCAUCCUGAGCUGCCCCACUAUCACCAAGCUGGUCUCGGCUGCUGUGGUGCGUGGCCUUAGCCUCAUGACCCCUCUGACAUGUAUGGUGAGCAGCCUGUCCUACUGUGGCCCCCGUGUCAUUGCCCACUCCUACUGCGAGCACAUGUCAGUGGUGAAACUGGCCUGUGGGAACACUUGGGCCAAUAACAUCUAUGGGAUCACAGCUGCCACCAUCAUGGUGGGCUUAGACUCCAUACUCAUCACCAUCUCCUACAUGCUGAUCCUGAGGGCAGUCAUGGGCCUCCCCUCCAAAGAGGCUCGCCUGAAAUCCUUUGGUACCUGUGGCUCCCACAUCUGUGUCAUCUUGCUCUUCUACACACCAGGACUCUUCUCCUUCUACACACAGCGCUGGGGCCAGAGCAUCCCCACUUAUCUCCAUAUCCUUACGGCAGACCUCUACCUACUGGUGCCUCCCAUGCUCAACCCGCUUAUCUAUGGCAUAAGGACCAAGCCGAUCCGGGAGCGGGUGCUCACCCUGGUCUGGGGGAAAGGGAUCCAGCCUGUGUCUUGA